AUGAUGCUGCUUACUGUCAUGUUGAUAUUGUCAGUGGCGAGGGUACACACAAACCCCUCUGGGCAUUUUCAGUAUUACUUAGAAGAUGAAACUCCAGAGGAAACAUCACUCCGGGUCCUAAGGGGAACCGACACUCGUCCCACAGCUGGAUCUCCUCCAUCUAAACUCUCAGCGCUCUUCUCUCUCGGUGCAGGUCCGCAGAGAAACACAUGGUGGUGGUCUCCUGAAAGUCCUUACACCAAGAGGAGGCAGAAUGUCGCUUACUACAAUCUCAACUCCUUUGGCCUCCGCUAUGGCAAGAGAGAACAGGACAUGCUCACACGAUUGAAACAGAAGAGUCCUGUAAAGUGAAGGACCAUUAAUGUCCUCUGGUGUUUUAUCAUUUACGUAAAUACAUGUUUUCUAUUUUUAUUUCUGUUGUUUUGUUAGGUGUAUUAAUUUCAUUUGGGUGUUUAAUUGGGGAUGUAUUUUUAAUUAUUAUUUUUCUGUGGGUCUUCUCCGAGGUAUUUGACUUCACCUUUUGGGUGUUUAAAAAAAAAAGAAAA